GCGCUGGUUGACAUUUUUCUCUCAAACACAAACUUAUUCCGUCUCCAUUUCACGUUGGAAAUUUUACGUUUUAAUUAUUGCGGAAGACUAAUUAAAAUUUUAUAGGUUAUUUUGACAUUAUCUUUGACUGGGGGGAGUGGGGACAGGAGAAGUGGAGCCAGCAGACUCCUUGUAAAAUUUUCCGUCUAAAUAAUAUAAUAGGUCGGAAUCUUUCUGAAAUAAUGAUGGCGACUCCAGAAUUCCUAAAACCGUCAAAGACGUUUUAUUUGGAUCAGAUCAUGGUCAUGUUUAAGGAGCAACUUUACUCCAGCGUCCUCUCAUUUGGAAGUGUGGCGUUGAAUUUGGGGGAAAGGUAUCCGGAAAAUGUCAGUGAGACGCAGCAGGUCACAAUCCUCAUCAUGUGCGGUGAUUCGGCAUACUUUACGCAUGACUACGCCCGGGCAGAAUCCUAUUAUCGGAAGGCGCUCCAACUUUACAAGUCGUUGUCGAAAGGGCUGCCAAAGGAGUGCAUCCCGGAAGACAGCAAUGACGUCAAGUACAAGCUGUACCUUUGUUUGAUGCAAUGUAAAAAGCCAAAGGAAGCGCUCAAUAUGCUCCAAAGUAUCCCAGCCAAGUCGCGCGCGGUCCGAACGAAUAUGGCGUUAGGCAAGUUGUACAUGCAAAAUGGAAUGGAGCGCGCAGCCAUCACGUCUUUCAAGGAAGUACUCAGGGAAUGUCCCAAUUCUAUGGAAGCUAUCGACUCAUUAAUCUCUCUGGGACUGAGGGAUACUGAUUUACAAGUAUUUUUCAAUCACAAGUUGAAUAAGAUGCCAUGUUCGGAGUGGUUCUACAACUGGAUUCGAGCCCUGCACCAAUUAUUUUUGCGAGAUUAUCCGAGCGCACUGCAAAUCCUGAACACAUUGACGGAUCACACUCCCCUGCGACACAACCGCUACAUGCUUCACACCUUAUCCUUAGCGUAUACUCUGCAAGGGAAUUAUGAAGAGGCUGUCGGACCAUUGUUGAUGUGCCAUCGCCAAGAACCCGCCAACAUGCAUGGCAUGGACCUACUCGCCUUCCUCUUAUGGUCGCAGAAGAAACUAUUCGAACUCGAAAGGUUGGCGCAACGGUUAUCUGAAGUGAACUAUAACGAAAAUCGACCGGAAACUUGGAUCGCGCUCGGAUACUAUGGACUGCUUGUGGGACGGACGCAAAAGGGAGUCAGUUUUGCGCAGAGGGCGUUAACUUGUACGGGGACGAAGUCAUUUGAAGCCCUCGUCUGCAAGGGUUAUCUCCUCCUUGAAAAUAAGAAAGUGCAAGACGCCGCGGAAUGUUUCCGAGAUGCCAUCCAACUCUGCGGCAACCGUUUUGAGCCACACAACGGUCUUGUGAACUGUUACUUAGAACUCCAGCGGUAUCGGGAUGCCUCCACGAUAGCUAACUUUGCCAUGAAAAAAUUAGGGCAGACGCCACGCGUGUUGACGAUGUGUGCCCAACCGUUGAGUAAAGAUCCGCUGAAUUUCUCCAAAGCAAAAUCUUACCUAGACAAAGCGCUUCAAUUGGAUAAACGCCAUUUGCCGGCGGUGCUCACUCUGACCGAAAUUUUGGAGGAAGAAUGUCACUACGAUAUCGCGGUUCAGAAACUGCAGGAAUAUGCGGACGGUGGAACUACCGGGUCGCAAGUUCAUCUCAGAAUGGCUCACCUUUUGAGCAAAAUGAGUUCUGACGACAAGGCUGCUGACCAUUUCACAAUCGCUUUAAAGCUGGAUCCGAGCAAUCGCGACGCUCGCGAAGGUCUCAACCGUCUCGACCCUACCGCAAAUAGGAACACCGGGGUGAACGAGGCGUCUCAGGUGACCUCAUACGAUAUCGACGUGGACAACUUGGACGUUGAUGACGACGACGACGACCAUGAUACUUUAUUUUUUCUAGCUCGAGGGCGUCGAUAACGAGAUGGAUCCUGGGAUUUGGAAUGCUCAGGCAAAUUUUUGACGGCGAACUUCUCUAAAUUAAUUCAGAAAAAUAAUCAAAUAUUUAUUUAAGUACAAGCUACGUACAAUUUCUUUUCGUAAAAAAAUGUGUCAAAUUUUUUGUAUUAUUUUUAUAUUUGAACAAAUGCCUAGCUUAUUAAUGUGUGCUUACUUUAAUUGACAAAUUUUAAGUUUUGACACAUUUACAAUUAAACUGCGCUUAAAAUUGACUUGACAACUUUCUUUGAGAGAUAAUUUGAAAAAUUAAUUGACUUGGUAAUGUUUUAUUGAUAUACAAUAGUUGCUUAAAUUUACUUGAUCGAAGUUGAAAUUAGUUGACAAAAUCUGUGAUAUAUUUAAUUUAACAAAGUAUUUUAUACUGAUUCAAUGCUGAUGCGAAUAAAUAAAUGUGGUGACACUUUUUUACAGUAUAAACAAAUAUAAA